GCUGCACCCACCCCUUCCAUUCUACGCAGGUCGUAGAAUCACACUUUAUCAACCCCAAAACGUUCACUUACCGUACUCGACUCUCCGCUUCAACACAUCUCUCACAUCACAGCCAUGUUUCUUUUCAAGAGCUUCGUUUUCACUUCGCUGGCCAUCCUCACUGCCAUCACGGCUCUCCCUAUUGCAUCUCGCGUGCACAGCGAUGAGUCUGCGAGCAGUCUUGCUAAUCUACGCAGCCGCUGGUCUGCAAUGGAGACCUAUGGGACCGGCAUUUCUGAUCUCACUGUCAGCCGCCGAGACCUUACCGACGACGACUCGGCUCCAAUACCGCGCCGGUCUGUCAAGCAGUGCAAUGUCUCAUCUUGCGAAGUCGCUUCGACCGCCUCAAAGACUGCUAGAGAACAGUCAAGCGAGGAGAACCACUUGCGUGCCGCAAUACAGCAUGCCGAAGCAGCAGAAGUUGCCAUAAAUUACAACAACCCAAACCAUGCAGCCACGCACAGCGAAAGAGCUAAGUAUCACGUGGGGGAAGCUGUUGAGUUCAACCUACUGCGCCCGGCUAUCGAAAACCCUUGCGCUAGCACAACUUGCAUCCGGGCUUGGGUUGCCUCAAGCCAAGCUAAUCGUUCAUCAAACACGGAUGACCACCAGUAUGCCUCAAGCACGCACGCCCAGGCAGCACAAGAUCCUACGAUAAUGUCAAACCAUAAAGACUAUCACGUGGCCGUAGCGACUAAGCACCUGCAGGAGGUUGUACGUCUUAGGGCAUCUCGUUAGAGAGUUUAUGUAACCCAAGUGGAAGCAAAC